AUGGCCUCCAUUAAGUUACUCGUUUUUCUUGCCUGGAUUUCUUAUGGGCUGUGUGCUCUGGUGUAUGCUGGUAUGUGUUAGUGUUUACCUUGAAGUAGUUUCUUUGUGUUUAAAAGUUGUUAAAAGUAUUCGGUCAGCAGCUAGAGUUUAUUAAGAUCAUAUAAGCGGCUAAUUAGUAAGCUCAUGUUAACUUGGUAUGCAUAGUAACGCCAGUCGCCAGCAUUGUGAUGAAAUAUCCAUUGUCAAUGGAAGAGAAUGUUAAAAAUACUCAUGGGGCUAUAUUAAACUAAGCAUGGGGAAGAGUCUGCCUGCCAGCGUCUGCCUUUCAAUUAAUAUAAGGCCAUAUUUCAGCGAUCAAUACAGAUAAAAUUUGAUCGAUUUGUCAGCUUUAUAUCAAUUAAUAUUCACAGUUCUCAGUUAACUAUAAGGGUCCUAUUAACAUUCUCGUAUUCCUACGGUCUUUGCUCAUUCUAAAUUGACAAAACCUUCCCGAAACUCGGUGCUGCAUUCAAUUUUGGUCCCGCGAGCAACCCGCUUGAGCACCCCUAGAUUUAUUUUUUCUAGUCCUCCGUACAAAGAUGUAUAGACAGUAUAAGACCAGGGCUUUAACAGGAAGUCAACUCUAUGAAAACGUGUCCUUACCGGGUUGAAAACAUGAUAGCUGACAAGCGGCGAAUCUCUCGUCGUGAGAACUCCUACCUUUUUCUUUCUUGUUAGAUUCCAAUAGGCGUAUGGCAAAGCAUUUUUAGAAACAUUUCGGUCGUCAGUCGGAAAAUAAGGGGAAGACACUCGGGUUCAACGGCAAUCAAUAAACAUAACUGUUCACACCAGUUUUUGGUCCAUCGACGGGGAAAGCGCCAAGUUAAUUGUGGAUUUUUGUCUUAUUGGUAGUAACAUGAACUCAAAGGUAGUAUCCAGGACAAAUUAAGGUUUUGAUGGUAAAAAGUCGAGCUUGAACGCUCCUCCGACACAUAACCCGCGACCUAAGCAAACUCGUCAGUGAAACUAAAUAACUACUUGUUUUGAGACCACUGAUCUAAAUUGCUCUAUGUUCUCUCUAAAAUACUUUUACCGUCGAAAUGUAUCACCAGAAGCAUUUCUUGGUCGCCAAAAUGGUCGCAAAAACAUUCAAAAGAAUGGACUAAUUUAAAUGAAGACAUGAUCGUCAGAGUGGUUAUUGCAAUUUAAGGAAUUGCAAAUUAACCUGAAAUUAUUUUGGGGACUUAAUGGGAUUAGAAUACUCAUGGCCUCCGCUAUAUAGCUGCAAUGCUCUACCAACUGAACUAUGAAGAACCAUACAUUGGGAGCAGGCCAAUGAAAAGGGAAUGAAACAUAGAACGAAGAUGAUGUGAACUUUGGACUAAGUUUAUCGCUUGAUGACGUAAUUGUGGACGCGAUGUUCACCAAAAGAUAUACAAAUACUUGGAAAUAUACAUGGGCCAGCUGGGUUUCCAGGCCGCUACGAUCCACACACGAGAUCUGUGUGCUGCACGAAGGAACAAUUCAAGCGCUCGAUUUCACCUCUUUGGGACUAGAUUAACAAGACAUUUCAAUGACUUAACGAUUUCUCAGGACAUCAUGUGAGUAGCGUGUACACAGACGUUGUUUUAUUCCGUUUCUCUAGAGCGGGUCUGUGAACAGGCUAUAUUAAUUGAGAGACGAGCUGCCUCCGUUAAGAUAUUACCGCUUGGGCAUCAAUUACAUAAUAUAAAACGGCAAACUGAUCUUUGCGGCAAGGCGUUGAAGAAGUAAUAAAGAAAUAAAAUAUAUACAUCUCCCUGGAGUUAUAAAAACCGGGUUAGCAAACAUUUUGUAAUUUUUCGCAUUGUCCUCUGUCUAAUAGCUUGACAUAUGUUUACUGUGUUGUUUGCUUAUGCCAGUUUUUUUUUUGCUUGUUUUAUGCUAGGGAUUUGUGUAGAAGUGGAUCUAGAGAGAAUUACUUUCUUACCCCCCCCCCCCCCCCCCCCCCCCCCCCCGUCCCUUUUUCCUCUCCCCCCACCUUUUUUUUUUAUCUUCUAAUACAUCUUUGAUGAUGUUUAGGGGCCUGUCCUCUGUUUUUGUCUGUGGUUGCUGAUUUUUUUUUUGCUGUGAUUGUUUGUGAAUCUUUUUUUUUUUUUGUUUUUUUUUUGAUUUUUUUUUUUUUUUGUGUUUUUUGGGGUGGAUUGUUUGAAAAAUGGAGUUUAAAAAAAUUUUUUUUUUCCCCCCCCCCCCCCCCCCCUUACCCCUCUCGGUUAUUUUUUCCCUACCCACAAUUCUUUCUUUAACACAAGUGACAGUUAUUUGAAAUCAGCGAGCGCCUUAUGCUGGUUUCAGUGCCGUUUAGCAGUUUAGUUUUAUAUUGGUCACCUUUAGAAAAGUUUCCCGGAGAGCAUCAUGUAAAGCUCUGAGAUGGGACAAAGUUCUAACGAUUCGCAGUCUACAUCGUCCAAUAUCGUAUUAUAAUCGUUUCACUUGGCCAAACGGAUCAUGAAUCACCCUGAUCCAGGCUGAGACAGUAGGUACGAUAUUGUUCGCUUCUCUAAGGUGACCACUGAGUCUUUAGCCUCGGGAACAGGCUCUUAGGAGUCAAAUGAAUUAGGUGAGAGCAAAAUUGCCGGUCAACUCUGACCCAGGCCGCCGACCGUGUGACUCUACAUACGGGAAUUUGAAUAAGACGAGUGUAAGAGAAAAGUCCAGAGGUGUUUAUCUGGCAAUAGGCUGAGUUUUGCUGAGUUAUUCGAUGAUGUUUCACUUAUGUUAAACGUGAGAAGAUUAUGCGUGGUUGUGGAUAGUCUUAUCAGUGCUGCAACUGUGUGAUUGUGUGCUUUCCGCAUGGUGUUUCCCCCCUGUGCAGCUCUCCCCUAUCUAUCAUUACUCAUAAUUCUCUCCUUGUCAUAAAACACUAUGACAUUUGAAAUCAGCCCGCGCGGUAGAAGUUGUUUUCCGUGGUCGGUUUAUUUUCUAGGUUUCUUUUUGGCCGCCUGCAGCAAAGUUUUCCGGAAGGCAUCAUUAAGCCUUAUGAAGGAACAAGUCUCACGAUUGGCAAAGUCUGCCGUCGUCCAAUAUGGUACCGUAUUCCGUCUCAUUUUGGCUAAACGUGUGAAACACUGAUCUCGGGCUUGAGACGGAAAGGCAUCGUAUUGCGAGCUUUGAUGUGGGCGGUGACGAGUCUCUGGCCUCAAAAAGUAGCUUUUAGGAGUCAAAACUAUUCGGCGAGAGCAAAGUUGAUGCUGAUUUCUGACCAGGCUAGAGACUUAGUAAAAAAUUGUUUUGAAGGCCGGCGUCCAUGUAUCCCUUUCAAAACGGCUUGUCUACAUCCGGGAUCUUGAAUAAAUCGACUGUGUCAGCAAAGUUAACAUGUGGUGAUUUAUGUGGAGAAAGCGAGAGUUAUUGAGAGAGAGUAAUGUGAUGAUAUUUCGCCCGUAUUAAGUGUGGAAACAUUGUGUCUGGUUGGUUGUGGAUAAUUCUAUCAGUUCCGCGGACGUGGUUAAUUGUGUGAUUUCCUGAAGUUGUUGACAGACAGAUUUCAGGUAUGUCGUGGCGCUCUUGUUAUAAGAAUAUUGUGUACAAGCAUGAAACCGCUUUAUAAGUGUUUAGUUGAAGUGAUUUUGUCUUAGACAACCGAUUGUGGGGUCAAGAAAGGUGGAUUAUAGGUCUGUUUUAGUCGGUGAUCUCGCUAUGAGCCUCAUAGUUUAAAUAGUUUAAGAGACUGAAAGGUCAUUAUUUCUGUGCUUUUAAAUGUUGUUCAUUUCCUUACAAAUCGGUCGCUUUUGCCAAGAGCAACUUUUCGUGUGUUGCCAGCGAUUAAUUCGUCCGUUUUAAACCGUAACUAGCGACAGAAAUCUCUCUUAUAUACUCUCUGACGGUACCGGAUAGGCCACGGUAGAUAGACUUUGAUGAGUUUUUCGCUGGCUAUAAACCUAUGUCCCACCCACCCCAAAAGAAAACUGUUUUUCAUAACUUCCCAUAAUUAUCUCUGUAUGUCAGUUUGAAAUCAGCGCGCGUAUUAGACUGAACUCCUCUCUCAUAGUGGGUUGUCAUUAGCAGACUGCUUUCACUUUCUCGUGGCAUGGAGCCAGGCAUCACUUUCUUCUGUGAGGACAAGCUUAACGAGUUGCAAAUCUCUGUCGUCGGUGAACUUAGUUCGGCAAUUUCAUUGAUAUUUGAUGAGAUGUGCGGGGAAUUCACAUUCAGCUGAAACUUCGGAAGCUGAUUCCGGAUCAUGAAAGCACGAUAUAAAGAUGUUCAGCAAGAAAUUGUUUUUGAGGGUUGGGAGUCUAUUCAACACACUAGCAAUGUAUACAUAUGAUUUUUUUUUUUAAAUUUAACUCUUUUCUGGAACAAUUACGUUUACCUUACAAUUUUUCUAGUUAUUAUUAUGCAAGUACAAAGUGCCAACUGCCGGUCUUAUUGCUUGACCCGAAUAAAAUGCGAUGUUAGGCAGCUUAAGCAACAACGACGGCGACGGAUACGAAAACGAUACUUGACUGCAAAGAAAUAUACAAAAAAGCGUGAUGCAGGUGCAAAGUUGUUGUUUUGCUAUUCUAAACCUAUUUCCUUUUUGACGUUCUCGUUGUCGCCUCAGCCUUCCACGAAGUCCAAGAUGGUGGCUAAAAAGAGAUUAUUGUUAGGAAACUUAAAUUUCGAUUUACAGAGUGAAAGCUACCGUUUAUUCUUGCUAUCAUGUAUUUUUGUGAUGCUUAACAGUCAAAGAUUAAGAUUAGACAUGUCUCGGCUCAAGUGAGCCAUAAACCCAAAUUUUCGGAUCUCAGCUGAGACUAAAUUAAAUAUGAAAAUCUUAUAGCAGCGCUGAGAAAAUGAGAAAUGCUAGCGGCCACCAAAUAAGCCGCAGUGAAUAAAAAAAAAAAGCGAAAGGAAACAUAUAGUACGACAUUUCCUCCAUUAAAGGUGUAACUAGGAAGUUUCACGUUGUAGUCGUGUAAAACAACGACCGGAAAAGAAAUGUACAAAAAGGUGUGCUACACGUGCUUGAUGUUUGCGUAAGCCAAUCAUGAUUAUUACAAAACGAACACAACCAAAAUAAUUUUCGUUUGUAAUAAUUUUAAUGCGGAGGUACGAAAGCCAGCAAAACCAAGCAUAAUUUAAUAAUAGUAAAAAAACUAAUCGUAGGUGAUGUUCGUACAAGUCCUUGUUGGAACAGUAUAUGGCAAACACGGUUGAGUGACAUAAGUUUGCACCGUUGCGGAAAAGGAAGAUCUAGCUUAAAUGUAGAAUUGGAAUAAAAAAAAUUUCUGGAGAGAACAUCUUAGCAUUGAUAUCUUAUGGUAGUUCGACUAGCAACCUCGUUUGCACAAGUACAGUGCUUGAGAACUUUUUUGAACUUUUUUUUAAGAUUAGAGUCGUGUGAUACUCUUCAGCUGUUAACUGCAUGCCCGUCACAGACGAGGGGGAUAGAUGCCUGUGUAUCCGGCAUUGGACAGAACUCCUUUAGUUAGUAAAGCUGUCUAAAGGUUCAAUUUAAAAAUCGGCCUGUACCUCCCUCACUGAACAAUAUACAACCAGUAAGGGGAAAAACAAACAGAUCAAAUUUGACAUUUUCGGCCAAUUGAAACCCACCUGAAGAUUUAAAUGCAGUAUAUAAAAAAUAAUAAUAAAUAAAAUAGAAUAAAAAAAUCUUCAAAAAUUGCGUGAUUUUUUAAAAGUUUGGUACAAAGAUCCCUAUGAACAAAUAAAUAAAGAUGAUAAAAAUGCAAUAAGUCAAGAGAGGAUGCGUAAGUAAAAUAAAAUGCUGAAGUGCUAAUUAAUAUAGAUGAACCAGUCCACGAUUUCAAGAAAUAACAAUCUGAAAUUAAAAUGAGAUAUUUUAUUUAUUAGUGCAACGAAGAAAACAGGGACUUUUUAAGGUUAUUCAAAAUUAGACUUUAGCAAUCACGACCCUUCAAUUUUUGAAUCGUUUUCGAGGGUACCGGAGGUACUUCAACAAACAAAAGCAACACACCUAAAGAAUACCUGAAACACGAGACCAUAUACGAUCAAAGUGCUAGUUUUUAACUUGAAAAUGAUUCCUUGUGUCUCAAAAGAAGUAAAAAAGGCGUAGCUCUAUAGUGUUUAACUAUAAGCAAAAGAAAAUGACUGAUUCUUUCUAGAAGUAAUAGAAUGCCGAAUGUAGAAUGAGUCCAAUGCAAGUUCGCAGUGCAUUAAAGUGAUUUUAACUGCGGCAAAGAAAAAAAACGUUAAUUACCGCAUAGUUUAAGCUCAAAUGAAUAAGUUUGUUUCUACAUUUUCCUCAUCUCCUUGUUUAUCAUUUCUGCAGAAAAAAGUUCAUAUUUACUAUUACGUCUCCCACUGGCUUUUCUCGGUAUUCCAUAUACAUUUAAGUUUCUCCAAAGAACCAAAUAUGGGGCAAGGAUGGUAAAUGCCAUAUUUGCGUACCGAAAAACAGGGGGUGUAAAUAUAAACUAGGCGAAAUGGGCAUUUACCACCUUUGCAGAUUUACUCCUCGGUUUUAACAGUUUUGCAACAUAUUUACAGGGGGCAAAUUUGUGAAAAUCCAAUUUUUUGUCCAGUGCACAAGGAUUACGUCAUUAUUGCUUGCUGUGAGGACAUCUACGGUCACUACUGUAUCCAAAAAAUCAACAAUGAUCACUUCCUCCUAUUAUCUGCUAUUAUCACCUUUAAGAUGAAAAGCUCUUUAUUUUCGGUUGUCUAGAAUAAACAUACUCGACCUCAAUAUCUUGCAUUUGCAAAUUGUUUUCACUUGUUUGCCACCUGUAAAACCACGUGACAUUGCUUUUAUUUCAUCAAUCCGUAUGGGCGUACAAAGAUGGCGGGUAUCGUGAAUAAAGUCCGUUUGCUGCCAGUACUCAGUAGGGUGAAUGGGGUAGGGGUAGUGGGCUGUGGAGUCUGUUGGGAUCCUGGAUUUCCUGUGGCAAGGAAAGCCAGGAACUGUAACGCAAGUGACAAACAAUAACAACACGUUCCUUCGAUCCCGCCAUUGUUUAGUUAUAUUUAGUGUAUUUAUACUCAUAUUCUAACUUGUUUUUUUUAAAUAAUUAUAAUGUCUUUUUUACUUAUUUUCCGCAGUUUUGGCAGCGGAAUAUAACCGAGUCAUAAUAUUCAAGGGACCAAUAGCAGACAAGGUGCUUCGAGGUCACGUAAUAAGGAGAGAAAAAGUAGCCAAUGAAGGAGGAUGUAGAGUGAAGUGUUUCCUUGAACCAAACUGUGUGUCUAUCAACGUGGGUCCUGCAAUUGCGGGGAAUAGAUCUUGCGAACUAAACAAUGACACUGAUGAAAGCCAGUCUUUGCUAUGGAGAAAGAACAACUUUAUUCACUACUCGGUUGAGGUAAAACCAUAUACGAUA